AUGCCCGAGCGCAGCAGCAGCACCAGGCUCGCCAAAGGUCUUCGUCGCACCCGCAGCACAACCAGCAGUCCUUGUCGCGCAAACAACUCGUCUACCACCACCACCACCAUCACCACCACAACCACGACGACCAUUUCCGCCAACCCAGCUCCCAAGCGCCCCGCCCGCACAGCCGCCAACCCAAACUCCCCCACCGCCGUGCCUCGCACCUCGCUCUCGCGUUCCGCCAGCAGCACCUCCGUCCCCGUCAUCACCACCAUGCGCGCCGAAGAAGCAACCAAACCCCCCUCGCCACUCGUGCGCCACAACAGCGCCAAGUCGUCGUCGUCGCCGCACCAGCGCUCGCCACUGAACGACGCGGCCCUCGCGGCCAUCGACGCCCGCGCCCAACGCCGCGUGCAGGAGCUGGAGCGCGCGCUCGCCGCCGCCCAGGCCCAGGCGCGCCGCUCCGCCGCCGAAGCCGAACGCCUGCGCGUGCUCGCGUCGACGACCAUGUCCUCCUCGGCCCCUACGUCACCCACGACGCCCUCGUCCACCACCAACACCAACACGGCCCCGCUGCCCGUCCCCGCCCCCGCCCCGGCCCGCAAACACGUCCCCAGCAUCUUCGGCUCGCCGCCCAGCCCCCGCAGCACCACGAGCAGUAAUAGCAGCAGCGCGGGGCUGAUGGGCCUGGGCAGCGAUGGCGGCAGCAGCACCGGCAACGAAACCGCCCAGCUCGUCCUCGAGGCCCACCGCCAUUGCGCCAUGAUGGAGGACCGCCUCGUGUUCCAGAAGCAGAUUGUGCAGCUGCGCGACCGCAUCUACGCGCAGCAGAAGGAGGCGGCGCGGGAGCGGCGCGCCUGGGCCGUCGAGCGCGAGGGUCUGGUGCGCGAGGUCCGCGAGCGCGAUGACCGUAUCCGCGCCCUCGAGGAGCAGUGUGCCAAGCGCAUGCAUGUCGUGCGCGCUGAUAGCAUGGGCGAGGAGGUCGUCGGCAAGUGA